GCUGCUUUUCCGAGGCAGCAGCUGGCUCCCGUUGAGAGAAACCCCUCCCAAAUGUGUCAGAGGCAGGCUGAGCUCACAGGAGGGCAACCGCUCGGCUGAGAUCGAGAGAUGCCAGCAGAGAGAGCAGCUGAGGGACGUGACAAAAACUUCCACCAACUAGGGUCAGCAACUUUGGAGUUUUUCGAGUCUUGCUGAUUGGCCCUGUCUCUGCAGAUUCUGGCUCCUCUGUCAGAAGCUUCACCCUGAACCCUCCUGGGACGCCGAGGCCUGCACUCCAGCUCAGGGGGAUGAAGGCCUGGCUGGUCUCCCUGCUACUGGUGGUCGGACAUAGAGCAGGAACCGCGUCGAGGCAGAUGUUCAGGAAGGAACCAGAGAACAGGACCUCGAUCGAGGGUGAGACAAGUUUCCUGGAGUGUGAGGUCGAAGGUGCCUCUGGUCCUGUCCAGUGGGUGAAGGAUGGGCUGCUGCUGGGGCCAGAUCGAAACUUGCCGGGCUUUCCCCGCUAUCGUAUGUUUGGUAACCAAGCUGCAGGGGUGUUUGACCUGCAGGUGGACAGGGUGAGGCUGGAGGACGAGGGGAGUUACCACUGCCAGGUUGGGCGGUCGGAUUCCGGCCCAGGACUCAUCUCCCGAACUGCCUGGCUCCAGGUCCUGAUACCCCCGAGAGGUCCUCAUUUCCAGGAGCUGGCGGUAGGGGACAUCCCAACCUGGGUGGCCGGAGAGGAGUAUUCACUAACCUGUGAAGCACAGGACUCGAAACCUGUGUCCAACAUCACCAUCAUGAAGGGGGACAAGGUCGUGACUCCAGCAGAGAUCUCUGUUAAACAAGGUUCAAACCAGAAAGUCUUCAGUACGCUGUCCACCAUCAGUUUCAUUGCAAAGGUUUCGGACAAUGGCAAGGAGAUGAGAUGUUCAGCGAUGAACCCAGCUCUGGACGAUCCCCGGGUUACGUACUUCACCAUGAACGUUCUAUUCCCCCCACAGAAGCCGAAGAUCAAAGGUUAUGAUGGGCAGCCAGUGAGAGCGGGAACAACCCUUGAACUGACCUGCAUUUCUGGAGGAGGCAACCCAUUGGCCACCCUCCACUGGCUUAAGGGAGACACAGUUCUCUCCAUGAUCUGGGAGACAGGAAUGAAAAAGGGGCCAGCAAGGAGCGUGCUGUCCUACCCUGUGACGCCGGGCGACAACAGAGUCAAUCUCACCUGUGUGGCUAGCAACCAAGUGACAGUGGAGCCACUGAAGACCAACGUCUCUCUCCACGUGGUCUACCCACCGGAACGAGUGCUGCUCACUGGAACACCCCAGGCCACAGAGGGCAGUGAAGUCUCUGUGUCCUGCCAGGCCUCCGCCAGUAAUCCCCCUGCACGACUCCAGUGGUGGGCUAUCGGCAUGGAGUUCAACGUGACUGAGGUCACCUACCCAGAGGGCACCGGAUGGUCCACAACUUCCAAUGCCACCUUUGUGGCCCAGCGCUCAGUGGAUGGGACAAGCCUGGUGUGUGAGGCGCUGAACGAGGCCUUAGCACUGGCCACCAGCACCAGUGUCAUCAUCUCUGUCUUCUACCCGCCCGAGAGGAUCUGGAUCCAGGGGCCACCCAAGGGUGCUGUGUUCCAGACUGGGACCUCCGUCACGUUGAGCUGCUUCGCCAGUGGGGGAAACCCGCUGGCAAACCUCAGCUGGGCCAAGGGGGAGGAGCCGGUGGGGUCAGCGGUGGAGCAGACUCUGGGCAGGCUGGCCAUCUCGAGGCUCACCAUCGUGACACAGCCCAGCGACAACCAGGCGGAGUACCGGUGUAACGCAGCGAACCAGGCCAGCGAGGGCGCACUCAGUGCGCGCACCUGGGUCGGUGUGCAGUUUGCUCCAUUAUCCUUGGGGAUCGAGGCUCCAGCCACGCCUAUCCGCGAGGGAGAGAAUUUCACGCUGGUCUGCCGAGCGGGGGAGAGUAAUCCAGCCGUCCGCAUCUCCUGGGUCAGGAACGGAGAACGGCUGCGGGGUGAUCGGUCGUGGAUGGAGAGGGGUAUUUUUGGAGGCUGGAUCUGCACCUCCACGCUCACCUUCCUGGCUUCGGCCCGUCAUGAUGGGGAACAAGUCCGGUGCCAGGCCUUCACUCCCCUGCUGCAGGAGAUCACCAACACCUUCCACACAAUACACAUCUGCCGUACGUCACCUUCAGCCCCUGACAGCCUUCCCUACCAUCCCGGACUCUCGCCCUCGAUCAACCGCCUCUGGCUUCUGGACCAUCACCCCUGACCCGGUCACUCUUCUCAUGACCCCUGACCUCUGACCCUCUGGCAACCUCCCCCAUCCUGGAUCCAUCUCCCCUGAACCUUGACCCUCCAUCAACCUCCUGCUGACCCCAGAUCCAGAAUGAAUGACAUCUGACCCUUGAUCAACCUCCCCUGACCCCUGAACUCUCACCCAUGAUUCUUGACUCUCAUCACUGACCUCUAAUCCUCAGUCAACAUUCCCCUAAUCCCUAGAUGCUGAACCAAUUAACCCAACACAAACCCCAGAUGUUCACCUCUGACCCUUAGUUACCCUCCACCUAAUCCUGAACUCAAUUAACCUACCUCUGACUUUGACACUCAGUCCUGACCCUUGACCUUCAUCGACCUCCCUAUCCUUGGACUCUCACCUCUGAGUCCCAAACCUCAUCAUCAUUCCCCAACCCCUGGACACUUACUCUGACCCUCAGUAAAACCCAUAGAAACAUAGAGAACCUACAACGCAAUACAGGCCCUUCGGCCCACAAAGUUGUGCCGAACAUGUCCCUACCUUAGAAAAUACUUGGCUUUCCUAUAUCCCUCUAUUUUUCUAAGCUCCAUGUACCUAUCCAAAAGUCUCUUAAAAGACCCGAUCGUAUCCGCCUCCACCACCGUCGCCGGCAGCUCAUUCCACGCACUCACCACUGUCAGCGUAAACAACUUACCCCUGACAUCUCCUCUGUACCAAUCCCCAGCACCUUAAACCUGUGUCCUCUUGUGGCAACCAUUUCAGCACUGGGAAAAAGCCUCUGACUAUCCACAUGAUCAAUGCCUCUCAUCGUCUUACACACCUCUAUCAGGUCACCUCUCAUCCUCUGUCACUCCAAGGAAAAAAGGCUGAGUUCACUCAACCUAUUCUCAUAAGGCAUGCUCCCCAAUCCAGGCAACAUCCUUGUAAAUCUCCUCUGCACCCUUUCUAUGGCUUCCACAUCCUUCCUGUAGGAAGGUGACCAGAACUGAGCACAGUACUACAAGUGGGGUCUGACCAGGAUCCUAUAGAGCUGCAACGUUACCUCUCGGCUCCUAAAUUCAAUUCCACAAUUGAUGAAGGCCAAUACACCGUAUGCUUUCUUAACCACAGAGUCAACUUGCACUGCUGCUUUGAGCGUCCUAUGGACUCGGACCCCAAGAUCCCUCUGAUCCUCCACACUGCCAAGAGUCUUUC